GUCGGCCGCCGUACUCCGCUAGGGCGAGCGAGGCUAGGUAGCUAGCUAGCUAGCGAAGGGUUAAAGGAGUGUCUUUCUUGUUUCUCCCGGUUCCUCGGUUGUGGCGCCUCCUCGGCCGCUCCGCGUUUCCGCCUCUGUCCGUCCUCUGGAGGGAACCGAGCUGAAUAUCAAACCGGGUCUGGACUCUCCCACGAAGCGAUGUUUUCAGGGGUGAUCAGGCCCGCGCUCAUCAGAUACUCGGGGUCCAGGCUGUCCUCCCCAGCCGUCCUCAGAGCCAUGUCGUCCUCGGCCGGCCCCACCCCCCCCUACACCACGCUGGCCGUCAGCCGGCCCGCCCCGGCCGUCACGCACGUGGAGAUCCACCGGCCGGACAAGAGGAACGCCAUGAACAAAGCUUUCUGGAGGGAGAUGGUGGAGUGCUUCAGUGAGAUCUCGGAGGACCAGGACUGCAGAGCCGUGGUGGUCUCUGGAGCCGGGAAGACCUUCACAGCUGGCAUCGACAUCGUGGACCUGGCCGGAGAGGUGCUGCAGCCCCGAGGCGACGACACGGCCAGGAUCUCCUACAACAUCAGGAAGACCAUCACCCACUUCCAGGAGUCCUUCUCUGCCAUCGAGCGGUGUCCAAAACCGGUUCUGGUGGCAAUCCAUGGAGCCUGUGUGGGAGGAGGUGUGGACCUGAUCACGGCCUGUGACAUCCGUCUCUGCACGCAGGACGCCUGGUUCCAGGUCAAAGAAGUGGACAUCGGCCUGGCGGCGGACGUGGGGACACUGCAGAGACUCCCCAAAGUCAUCGGCAGCCGCAGCCUGGUGAACGAACUCGCUCUGACCGCCAGGAAGAUGUACGCCGACGAAGCCAAGAGCAGCGGCCUGGUCAGCCGGGUGUUCCAGCACAAGGCGGCGCUGAUGGCCGGCGCUCUGGAGAUGGCGGAGGAGAUCGCCGGCCGCAGCCCGGUGGCCGUCCAGGGAACCAAGAUCAACCUGCUGUACUCCCGAGACCACAGCGUGGAGGAGGGGCUGCAGUUCAUGGCGGCCUGGAACAUGAGCAUGCUGCAGACGGCCGACCUGAUGAAGUCUGCUCAGGCCUCCAUGGAGAAGAAGAGUCCCAGAACGGUGGCCUUCGCCAAACUGUGACCCGGGACCGGACCGGGCGCGCCGGACCGGGCGCGCCGCCCCGGGACCGGACCGGGCGCGCCGCCCCGGGACCGGACCGGGCGCGCCGCCCCGGGACCGGACCGGGCGCGCCGCCCCGGGACCGGACCGGGCGCGCCGCCCCGGGACCGGACCCGGCACCUGGCUUUCUAAAGUUGUGAUGAAUUAAAGGAUGAUUGUAAA